GAGUCAUAAUAAGAAUAUGGAUAGAUUUGGUUGAUUAUUAAGGGAUCUUUUUAUACUAAAAGAAGCUCAGACUGUCAAAAAUAUCGUGAACUAAAAGACUAUUGCCGGAAUGGAGCGACGGAUUAAGUUAAAAACACUCAACAAACACAUUACAUGUGAAAUUUGUAGUGGUUAUUUUAUAGAUGCAACAACUGUCACUGAAUGUCUUCAUACGUUUUGUAAAAGUUGUUUGGUGAAGCACUUGGAAGAAAACAACACUUGUCCUACUUGCGAAAAUGUCAUCCAUCAAUCCCACCCGCUGCAGUACAUCAGUUUCGACCGGACAAUGCAGGAUAUUGUCUACAAGUUGGUUCCCAAUUUGAUGGAAGAUGAGAUGCGGAGAGAGCGUGAGUUUUAUAAAUCUCGGAAUCUACAAUGCCCGAAGGAUAUGCCUCAACAGCAACAAGACAGUGAUGACAAGGCAAAUGAGCAGGCGCAUCAGGAAGCCGAUUACCAUCGUCAGGAUGAACAAGUAAACGUUUGUCUUGAGUGCAUUAGCAUCAAUCUGCGGCAUCUGAAACGACGCUUCAUCCGCUGUAGUUCUCAAGCCACCAUCACUCAUUUAAAGAAAUUCUUAGCAAAGAAGGUGCUAAAUGGUAUGGAAAGAUACAAAGAUAUCGACAUAUUGUGCAAUGAUGAACUGCUGGGCAAGGAUCAUACGCUGAAGUUUGUCUACGUCACGAGAUGGCGCUUUAAAGACCCUCCUCUACGAUUGCAAUACCGGCCUCGAGUGGAUAUAUAAUUUUAUUAUUUUUGUAAUUCAUUUAUGCAAGUUAAACCAAUUAACUGAAUAGACAGAAUAUUUAUAAGAAAUCAAUCUACGAUUUUUGGUAGCGUGCGAAAUGUGCUGGAAGUAACACAGAUGUUGCAAAUAAUUCAAAACUCAAUUGGAAUUGUUUUGGAUUAGCUUAUAAUCUAUUGAGCAGUAGAUGAAUGCGAUUUCUUACGAAGAUAAUCAUUUUUAAAUGAUGGCAUCAUUAAAAUAAAUUAAAAAUGCAACCGGUUUUAUUUAAAAUGAAACAAUAGAUAUUCAGCGUGUUUUGUAAUAAGUAAGCAGAGAACGAGAUUGAUAACUAAGAUGUAUAAUUUAGAAGAGAAUAAAUCCACCUGUGAGCAGGAUUAUCAAGGAA